AUGCGGCGGAUAUUUGGGCUUCUGCUCAUCAGCCUUAUGGGAGUGAAUGGACUCAAUUACUUCCCCAAGUCAUUUGUGACGGCAAAGAUAAACGCCUCGGUCACGUUGCCGUGCGGUGCAGCAAUCGAUGGAGACGAAGUCACAUGGACGUUUAAAGGUAACGACCUGGAUGAAGAUUACCAAGAUGAGGUGCAGAGGGCUGGAGCCAAUCUACUGGUCAAGGAGGUAGGCAGGCCCUUGCUGGGAGAGUACACUUGCUGGAGCGGAGGGGAGAGCGCGUCCGUUCAUCUCCUGCUGGAGGCCGAGGAGGAGGGGGAGCUCGAUUCUUUCCUCACCUGCCGCGCCAAGUCCUACAACUGCGCUUUUAGCUGCACCUGGCUCGACAAUAAGUACAAAGUUGUACGCCUCGGACUGGACCCGCAUUGCCGUGAAGGAGGCGACUCGUGCAGCUGGGUCAAAAGCACGGUUGAGCAACAAGAUGGCCGACUCCACUUUGAGCUGCGCCACUCUCUCUCACCCUACUCCGAGGAGAGCACCAGGCUGGAACUCACGGCCGAAGCCCUCGAAAACAACUCCCUCCUCAGGAGGACCAAGACAUUUUAUCUCAGAGAUAUCAUUCAACCAGACAGUCCUGAAAUUGUUCAAUGUCAAGAAGUGGAUCACGGCUUAAGCGUGACCGUCCGUCCUCCAUCCAGCUGGUCCACCCCUCACAGUUUCUUCGGCCUGGAGCACGAGGUGGAAUACGAGCACAAAGAUGACGGAAAGAAGGGACGCUCGUCGCUCUCCUCGGUACCCAAGAAGAUCAGCAGGUUGCGGGUUCGCUCCCGGGACGAGCUGGUGCAGUCAGCCUGGAGCCAGUGGACUGAAUGGACAAAUGUAACCUGCUGACCACAGCGUCUGCUGCCUUUCCAUCUCUUGCAACAUACAUAUGUUCGAAAGUCAGUGAGGCCUUUCACGGAACAUUCCACGCUGACACUCUGACACCAAACUAUCUAUUCAUCAUUGUUUUUUUUAUUUUAAAGCAAGCAACCUGCUGCUCCUUCAGUUCCUUAAAUGAGUCUUUUGCUCACUUUCUCCCUUUUCUUCUGCAUCAUUUGAAGUCAAGGGCUUCAUCGUCGACUUACAAGUGCCACAACAAGUAUACCGGCUGUUGCUUGCUUGAUUUCUAUGUAUUUAUAUUGAUAUAUUUUUGAAGUGGUUUAUUUAUUUAUUUGUUUAUUUAUUUAUUUAUUUAUUUAUUGCAAUGUGAUCCAAAAUUUGAGCAUCACAUACACCAUCAUGUGAGUGAAGCUUGAUUACAAAUUUGUCACUUGUUAAACGUGGGCAAGGAGGCUUAUGCACUUGUAGUCCUUUACUGAUCCGGAAACAUUUUCAAAAUCCAAAAUAGGAACAGUCGCCAAAAGCUGCUGUCACCCACAACUCGCGCCCAGCCCAGGCACUCACGCGUUAUUUCAAAAUGUCAGUUUUGGUGUUGUAUUUUUGUUUCAUCAACUCAGGUCCAAGGAGGAAAACGGAAGCGUUGUAAAGCCAAGAAGACAGCAAUGUAUAUUUGACUCCCUCCACAGAUGAGUUGGAGAUACAUGAAGCUUUUUCAAUUGAAACAUUGUCAAAACACCUCUUGCUAUGAAAUCAUUUGGUUAACGACACCACUUGGAGAUGACCUCA